AGAUAACUGGACGGGAACGGGAGGGAUAAAAGCCAGGCAGCGAGAGUUUGGAAUGGAGGGCAGAGCGGCCGGACACUGCUGGCUGUCUCCGCUGUGAGUCUCCCGUCUGUCGGUGUGGAUGAUGGAGGUUGAGGUGGAGAGCUGCUGGCUCAGGCUGCUCCUCCUGCUCUGCCUCAUGACUCUGCACAGCUCGGCCAUUGAGACCGUGAACUUGGUGGACUUCUGUGGCCAGACGAUCCGGGGUGACGGCAUGAUCGUCAACUCACACCAGGAAUCCAAGAAGUACUACUUUGUGACCAUGGGGACUGACUGCCACCUCACCAUGCAAGCCAGCUCCCCUAAAGACAAGGUCCAAUUCCACUACCGCUUCUUCCUGGUCUACAGUUUGCUACGAGUGGCCCCCCUGAGUCCGGCUCCCCUCUUCCCAGAGUCCCCUCUCAACCCCAGACUGGAGCCCACUUCCGGUGAGAGCUCGGGGGACCCGUGUCAUGCCGGCUCAUAUGUUCAGUUCUAUGACGGAUGGGACAGAAGCUCGCCGCCCCUCGGGCCUCCUCUUUGUGGGAAGAGUCCGCCCCGGCCAGUGUUGUCCACAGGAAACUACCUGACCCUGAGGCUGGUGACCCGGGGAACACAGCCCAGAGUCGACUUUGUGGGGGACUUCACUUCCUUCAGACUGGGUUUUAACCACUCCGAGUGCAGCAAUGAGCCCUAUUUCACCUGUAGGAAUGGGAAGUGUAUCCCUCUCAGUCUGGUGUGUGAUGAUAAAGGCAUUGACAACUGUGGGGAUGGAAGUGACCUGGAGGAGAACCUGACUACGGGUUGUAAAGCAGGUCAGCUUUUACUUCCUCAACCUCCGCCGCCAAUUGGAACCCCACCCCCACCUUUUGUGAAUCCACCCACAGUGCCAAUUCCUACACAUAUCAACUGUGGCAUGCCAAACAGCGCUCCUAGUCAUGAGUCUGUAACAGACUCCCCCAUCUCCCUGUUCCUGUUGGUUCUCUACAUCAUCCUGGGUGUGGUAGCAGGCAGCAUGGUGCUCUGCUGGUGCUGCUGGUCACCCGGUUGGUUCCUGUGGCGGGUCAGCUUCUGUCGCUUUUUACCCUGCUGCAACUCAGCCUGCGCCUCCUUCCAGCUCUGCUGCACCCACAGCAAGGAGCACCGACUGGCAAAAGUCACCCCACACACACCAGUCAAUGGGGCCCCGACAGGCACAGCGGCCACCCCCAACACUGCUGAGGAAAAUGUCACCACGGCAGCUCUUUAGAGCAGAAGGCCUGUAAGUUUGGGCGUGGGUACAGUAUGCUGAUACUGAGCUGUGAUCAGUAGUGGACAUGAGCAGUUACUGCAUUAGGCAUUGCAACAUGGCCAAGAAUCCUUAAAGUUAAGGUUGGACUCAUGCCGUCCAGUACGUAAUGCUGGAAUGAACAGAGCUGAACUGUUUUGGUGAAACUGGGAUUCGUGUGCUUUAAAUGUGAUGAUGCAGGUGAUGAGACUGCAAUGUUUAUUUUGUUUUGAAAACGUAAAGCAGGGUACAGUAUAACUAUGGAUUGU